UGUUGGUGUCGUUUGUUGUUUCAAAAUUUAUUGUGAUAAGAGUUUAUCAGUUUUUUCCUCCGAUCCUUCGCGCAAAACGCUGAAACUCGCUCCCAAAAUAGUAGCCGCCUUAUCGCCGAAGUGAUUGUAAUUGAAACCGGCCAUUCGCAACGGCAGCAGUGCAGCUGUGUGCGCGGAAGUGUCCCACGGCAGUAGGCCAGGCCCCGUCAGUCAGUCAGCCGCGAGACGUCAAAACGGAAAGUGAAAACCUCUGAACAAAAAAAAUACGAAGCUCGCAAAGACGGGUUGAACACUUGGCAGAGCGAAAAAAUCAAUUUCGGAAGCAGCAGCCGCCGCGCGCUAGGCCAAAUUUCCCGUGACGAUGGCAAAGUACUACGAGAGCACGACCACUUUCAACUACCCGUGGGAACAGGUUACGCAGUGCUUCUGGAAUCGGUACCCGAACCCGUUCAGCUCCCACGUCCUCUCCGAGGACACCGUGUGCCGCGAGAUCCGCGACGGCCAACUCCACUCGAAGCGCCUUCUGAGCAAAACGAACCGCGUGCCCAAGUGGGGCGAACGAUUCUUCAAGGCCCAGUCGGUCUGCAUCCUCGAGGAGUCGGUGGUCGACCCAAAGGAGCGCACCCUCGUCACGUACACGCGCAACAUUGGCUUCAACAAGAUCAUGAGCGUCGUUGAGAAGGUCACGUACCGCAGCGUGCCGGACCAGCCGGGCAAAACGAUCGCGACACGGUCGGCGUGGAUCGAUUCGUCCGUGUUUGGCUUCUCCACGGCGAUCCGAGCGUUCGGGUUGGACCGGUUCAAGAAGAACUGCAUGAAGACGGUCAACGGGUUCAACUACGUGCUGCAGAACAUGUUUCCGGCGACGCACGCCGCCACGAUGGUCCACAACCAGCAGCAGCAGCAGCACCAGACCAAGGCCCAGAAGAUUAAGGAAGCGGCCAAGCACGCCUCGGAACAGGUCAAGGCCCAGGCCGAACAGCUGGUGCAAAAUUUGUCCGUGAAAGGUUGAACCAAGCCGCCUUAGGGGGAACAAGACACCGGAAACUGAAACGUCCCUCUAACAGACACACUUUACCCCGAAGAAUUCCGACAAUUGUUGAACAAUUCCCCGUUUCUUCAUGGCUUUGAGAGCGGCAAUAAUUGUUAAAUAACCAAAUCAGCACCAGCUUACGAAAAUGCUCUCGAGCUUGAGAAAAUUUAGAAAGUUCCCGUUUUUCCAACCAAUUUCCUAGUACAAGUAGCGGUCACUUAACUAAUCGAAACCAUUUUGCGCAACAGUUGCAAACAGGGCGGAUGCAGUAUUUGUGGGACGAAGAAGUAACUUUGUGGGAGUGUAAAAGAAAGCUUGAGCAUCAUUCCAUGCCGGUUAAACAGUAAAUUUGCUUAAACACUUUUUAUAAUAACAAGCCAGUAAAGGAGAGAACGCAGAAAAAGACAGGACUCGACCAGAGGGGGAGGAGGAUUAAGAGGGAAAUCAAUAAGUUAAGUUGAAAUAGUGAUAAACCAGUUUAGUGAACACGCUCACACACAAGAAUAUGAUUUUGAGAGUUGACAUCGUCGUCGUCGUCACCCUAAUCGGAGUCAGCUUGAGGGGGCGACGCCGACGAUGCAAUGUUACAGUUUUACUAGAUACUAGAGCUUAGUGAUAGGGAAGUUUAAAAAGUGCUGGGAAAUAACGAACUAAUAACGGCACUCAAGAUUGUGUUACCACCGUGUGUUGAGUGCGUGAAGGAAACGAGGCAGUUGAUCUUACCCUGCUGCAGGCAAUGCAUGUGAAUAGGAAGCUUUUGAAAUGACGCCUGGAGUCGUGUAAUUGUAGAUAUUAAUAUAUUUUUAUUUCGUUAUAGAAACAAGUGCGA